CGCGUCGAGAGACGCGACGGAUCCAUUUGAUAUCAAACAAAACUCCAGGACCGCCACAGGAUCAUGGAAACCACCAUCGAUGGCCGACUGGAGAGCUCGUGGCUACGUGCCGGACUCUGACGAUGAUGAGGAGGAUGAGGACGUCGAUGUCGAUGCGUUGUCCAGAGAUGACAGUACUGACAUUGCUGAUUCUGGUUUAUUCACCCGCCAGACUAAGACCGGUCCAUCCGACAAAAGUACAUCUUCGCAACCCGGUACCUCCGCCACAUCAGACAGAGCACACAUUGUCGUUGAGAUUCCCUCUCAAAGAAGCGGUCGACUGAAUGAUGGGGCCGACACAGCCCAUUUUCAAAUAUCUUCCAAGAGUGUCACCACCUCUAGUGCUGCUGCUCGAAAGAACCACGAUGGCUCUGAGAAGGACGUAUCGCCACUGUCGUCUUCCAGCCAUGCAAAUUCGAUUGCCACCAGACUUGAAGCUGAACUUGAGAAAGGGCUGCAAACGGUCCAGGACAUACUGGGUGCCUUGGAGAAGACUGCUGAAGACGACACUGACAGCCCCCUGUCGUCCCUUCCCUCGUCAAUUGCGAAUUCUCCUCGACCAUCAUCCCCGGCCUUGGUAGGCUCAGCUGGCGUCGGGCUUGGGCAGGCUGAGGCGGCGAGCAACCAUGCAUUUCUGCAGGAAUCGGCCGGGCAACCUAUGAGACGAUCCUUUCGACCACGGGCUCCCAUUCAAGUGCAUCCUUAUGCUCUCGAAGAUGCCAAGUACCGGCAGACGUUAAAAUCCAGAGGUCUGAAGCCUGUGCGUUUGCAACAGAUCAUCUCAGAGGCGCACAAUACUUCGGAGGAAGAUUCCCAGGGCGCGGACACAUACGAAAGCAGCCAAACGAAGAAUUCAGAAACACAAAGCCAACCCUCGAGUCCGGUGGUCGACAAGGAAGACGAAGAUGAGUCGCAAAGCCCUGUCCGCGGAGUACGCCCACGUUUUACUGGGCCUCAAUUCUCAUUCGGGGAUGAUCUUCCUGACUUGUCGGAUUUCCUAGGAGGGACUGCAACUCAAGACUCGCGGAAGGCUCUAAAGAAAGUACGCCGCCCAAGAGGACUCCUGGAUGCCCGCGCUAUUAAUGAUUCGCGUAUAUACGACCUUCCCACGGAUGAGACCGUGUACGGAUCCAGAAUCGUGCCCCGACAGAGUCCAAGCUUUCAGAUUCCGCCUUCGCCACCUAGCUCGCGCGGCGCCUUAUUCUCUCAAGACGGUCCGCUUCCCGAUGUCAUUGAACAUUUACGCAGAGAUGAGACUCCAACACUUCUUCCUACUCCGUUGUUGUCUUCUGAGAGUCAUAGCAGGAAGAGAGCACGUAUUGAGUCUCUGAGCUCUUCUGAUUCUGAAAAAAUCGUUAUCAGCGAUGAUUCUCCCGCACAGUCAAGCGCGAGCGAAAGCUCUGGAGAUGAAUCAAAUGGCAUUCAACGGAUGCGGCGGAAGAUCAAGGGUGUCUUGCCGGCUUCCUGGCUCAAACUCGACGUCAAGGGCAAGAACAGCAAUCUGCCCUCACGGCAACACGCACGGUCACCGGUCAAGUCAGCUUUGGAGAAAGGCAUUGCCCAGCGCAUCUCGUCUUCAGAAGCCAGGAGGAAAAGCAACGUCAGGAGGCGCCCUUCGGAGACUGAUACCAUGGUCUUUACGGUGGCAGAGAGUGACUCUGAUGAGCCUCGCAUUCCCACUGCUGACGACUUCGACGACGACGACCUGAUGAUGCUGGAUUCUGAAGUUGUUGAAGACAACAGCAUUGAUGCAAUGCUCGCACCAAGGACUCGAAAGACCGUUCCAGGAGGAAAGCAGCCGAGACUGAGAAAGGCUUUGUCCGUAUCCUCUUCCAUGCCGAAAGCUAGACAAACGGGCGGGACGGGUGGACAGAUACACCACAGCGUGAACAGAUCGACUGGAACGAGAUCAAAGAGAGUCUCUCGCCCAAAAAAGAAGCACAAAAAGAGAAACGAAAAGCUGAAACCGACCGUGCUUGAUGCACCUGGUUUUCAGGACAAGGAGAUUCCUCUUUUCCUGAAAGUUGCGAGGAGGCGAGCAGGCCGUUCAGGGCACUUAAGGCCUCAAGAACCGUCCAAGAAGUUCUUCAGAUUGGCAACAGUGGAAGACACUUUGGAUGUGAACCACGAGCUGAUACAGUGGUGCACCCGGCAAAGCUCAACAACCCGUACUGGCGGCCAUGAGACGGCAGGCGUCAGCCGCAGCCCCUCGAGGCCGCAGCGCCGUCGCAGCACCGACAUGAGCCAGAAUUUCUCGCUCAACUCAGUAGACAAAGAUUCAACUGAACUCACCCAACUGAAACAAAGCACCAAAGCCACUCUUCAGCGGAUCCAAACCAACCAGUCUGGACUUCGAACUCGGCAGCCACAGCUUGACUCAAGCUCUCAGAGAAGGCCGAAUACUUUGGAAUGCUUCCAGCAGCGUCGUCUACGCCGUCCUCCUGCCCCUUCACCGCGGCUUGAAAACCUUUCAAGGAAUGCCACGCACCAUCAAGGAGUGUUGAACAUACCGCAGGAAAUCCCGCCGAUCGUGCGACUUGUACCUCAACAUCCGGCCAAACUAUCAGGGCAGCGGCUCACACCCAAUCCAACGACGCCUAGCAUCUCACCUUUUCAGAUACGUCGUCGUCCUCCAAGGAAGCUCCCUCCAAAAGCUCUUCAACCCCGGAGCCGCAAUAUCUCUCCUCCUGAUGGCCUCUCGAAUGCUCUGGCAGGCGAAUCUGCCGACCAUCACCCUUAUCAUCCCUCCGUUAUCAUAUCCCAGCUCAUAGAUAGCCCUCCCGGCCCUGCACGUUUAAAGGGUGCUACAUCUGUUACAUCUAUCGAGGCCUCAAUACUUGCACGGGGCGGUCUACAGAUCUUAGAGUCAGAGACGAAGGACACUGCUGCCCUCUUCGACCCUUCCCGAACCCUUUCUCCUAUCACGACGCCGAAGUCUGGACGCACACUAUCGUGUGCUAUCUGGUCUGAAGGAGUUCGAAUUAUUAUGCAAGAAACAUUUGGCGAGAUACGCUCGGCCAUAUGCAGCAACGACGGAAGCAGCAGGGACGAACACGAGUCUUUUAUCAUCAAGUGUGCAGCGUCGAUCGAGAGCAUCAUUAUCUAUAUCCAACAAAGUCUGUCGGUGUCUGGCGUACAUGAGUUGACUGUGGUUGUCACAUUCUUAUCGGCUUGCGUGAACAGCCUGCGCCAGGACAUCGAAUCCGUCAAUACCUCCAUGACCAAAUCACGUACUACAGGUACCUUACUGCUGUGGAACAGAGUGCUAAUUCUAGGCCAGCAAAUCCUCCAACUCAGCCGCGCCGGUGGCCUUGGAAAUACUGUCACAACGGAGAUUGUUGCAAGCAACGAGAAACUGGCUAACCUCGCAUGGUCGUUGGUUCUACAACCAGAAAUUACUGACAAUCUACUGGUCUACCUUGCCACACAAUCUGAGAGUCAAUUUGUCUCCGUGGCCGUGGAUUUCCAAGUUUGUGGGGCUGCGAUUGAGACCAUUAUCAUCUUGCAUCAAUUGCACCCAGGGCAUAGAUGGGUUACUCACCUGGAUCACGCGAUGUCAGCACUCUUUGUGGCCGGACCCGAACGAGAUUAUUCCGCAGAGAAAUUGGCCUAUACCAUCCUCAUUCUUGGAUGUGUGUAUUCGGUCACUGUACUCAAAGAUGGGAUUACAGGGGCCAUGGGAGCGUCUUUGGGCCUCCUGAAAUAUCCCGAUUUUUCUGUGCUCUCCCCUGCCAUGACGGAGUUUCUCAAGUACUUUGUGCAAGAAACCUCCCGAAGGGUAUCUCAGAGAAGAAAAGAGACAGGAAUGAUCAAGUUGGAGCAGUUUGGCCUCAUCGCAUUUCAGUGGUGCCUGGUCCUUGCACGCACUUCUCAUGCGGACGUUGCCGAUAACUUGUUGAAACAGCUGUUCAAGCUGUAUUCAGAAAAGUCCAACAUGCUGGAUUUCUUCUCGCCUACUUUGGCAGAGACUCCUCGAUUCCUCGAGCAACGAUAUCAGAUCUCACAACUAAGGCCAGAGGCAGGAGACACAGACUUUCACAUCUUCCUAAAGCUCACUGCUUUCACCCUUGGCUUACAGCCUGACGACGUCGGCGCUCAAAGUAACGAAGAACUGAGACGGCUGAAAUUGCGGAAGGUCUCUCUGGUAUUCAGUCUGCUACCAAACAACGGUCGCGGUGCUGGAGACGACAGACCCAUCCUUGUCGAAGAAUCCCACCCACUACCCAUCAAGGACCUCGGCGCUCUUGCUAACCGGUAUCAUUUGUUCUCCACCCUCUAUCAUUACGCGCCAGUCGGGGUCAAGCCGGAGAUAUCCAAGAUCAAAGAUCUGGUUGACUUUGGAAAUGCCCAUGACGCGGUGUGCACGCUUGCGCUUGAAUGCUGGGCUAGCACUGUCAGAUCUGCCCUCUCUCUCGUACAACCAGAGGCGCAGGUUGAACUCCAUAGGCUGGCUGUCUGGAUCUAUGACAUGGUCUUCAAGAUCAGCGACAAGUUGCAAACCAUCCCCCGUGUUGAUGGAACCCUUAACGGGGACGAUGAUAAUGACGAAGAACUCUUGGUGUAUCGACGGAACCGAGCAACCGCCAACUGGAGGCUCAUGGAGAUAGCAAAAGCAUGGGCCGAGGCUAUUGAGCUUUGCGUUUGUGAAUGGCAAGCCCGGUAUCUCAUGCUGGGCCCUCGAUUUGGCGAGCUUCUAGGUCUUUGCAAUGCGAGGAACGGCGGACGACUUGAUGACCUGGUUAUCAGCGCACUGUUUAAUGUGCUAGCAACAUAUCUCAAACAACUCUCAGGCGCCGACCUGGGUGCACUUAAGCAGGUUCGAGACGACUUUCGGGAAAUCCUUAUCAGCCACCUAUAUCGUGCCGAUCCGCCAGAGGAUGAGCUACUCUUGUCUUUGAUAGAUGCAUGGCACAAGCUCGCCCAGCUCCUGGUCGAGAGUGGGAACAAUACGUGGGAUGAUUACUUUUCCAUGUUCGCCUCCUACUCUCUUUGGCGGUUUGGUGGUCAGACAGAAUCAGCCAGACACUGUCGGGUGAUCAUGACCAGCUACCUUUUAAAAGACCGGGCCUGGGCGAGAUCUCACAUACGCCAAUUUCUCGCCGGCUGGCUGGCAGGUCUCCUGCGCCUAGACGCAGAAGUCAAGUUUGAGCACUUAGUGACCAAUUCGCUGCUUACAACAUUCGACGAUCUUCUUGAUUUCCGAUCUUUGAAGAGCACACUUGCAGGUGGAGACUCGGAUUUGAAGCUUACGCGAGAUGAACUUAUCAGACAUCGCCUGGAUAUUGUUCGCCAUGUGGUACGCAACAUUUACAACACGCGGGAUGCAGACGACUUGCUUCCAGCACCACAGUCAAGCGAUAUAGGACUAACGACGUCAAAUGCGGAAUGUCUUCUCGAGACUAUCACUGCUGCGCUAAGAGACUCGUGGACACGAAGUGUUGAAGGGAUGGAAAGACAAGACUGGACACGGUUCCUUGAUUCCGUUAUGCGCGAGAUCAGCAGGUACCCUUUUCGCCACUUCAAAAUCCCCGCGUGGUUUUCAGAUCGAGCCUCGUAUAAGCGUCACCACCUGCACGGGCUGUUUGUCAAUCGGGUAGAUGCGUCCACGUCAUUCAACGAAGCACGCGCCGUUGAAGAGUUCCGCCUCGCGUGCGAAAUGGCUACCGUCCAGAACACAAACAAAGAACUGGAGAAAGAGCUCGUCAUGACGUUUUCUGCCAGUGACCCUCAGUACAUUGACGACCAAGGAAACUUUCUGCUCGACAUUCCGACCCAGCUUUGUUUCAUGAAGGCGGUGUUUCCAGUGUACAUGGAACAUAUCCUAGACCCCCGUCAUCCAGCCAUGCUCCUUGGCCCUGUAGUGGUGACUUCGGCUACCGCGAUUCUCGACAGACUCGAAACUCGCAUUGACCUUGAAGAUCAGUCCCGUAUGGAAGAAUUCGCUCGGAUGAUGAUAGAGUUGAUGAAAACGGCCGUCAAGGCGCUGCAGUCAACCUCAUGCGAUGUUACAUUCGAGUUCGGCAUGGUAAAGAGAAUUCUCGCUCGUCUGGUCGAUCUCUGCGCCAAUGUCUGUACUCGCUGGGGUCAUCUCCACCUACUGUUCCAAGACUCUGCGGCGAUUCUUGCACUCCAGCCGCUAGUCCAGACAUACGGACUGUAUGUCUAUGAGUACGCCUGCUCCGCCAUCGGCCUCGACUGUGAGCCCACCGAUCCCGACUUCUGGCGGAAAUAUCCCAGUAGUCAGAUGAGGGCAGCCAUGAGCUUUGGCUUUGACCUGUCGGGCCUUGACUAUCCCGAGGGUCAAGACGUUGCGGCCCUCCGCGAGGGCGCCAGAGCCAACCUGGAAAGGGCGGCUCUGACGCUUUGGAAGUACGAUGGGCUGACCCGCACUGGGCCAGUCUGGUCAUAUAACUGGGAUGGCGUCAUCAAGAGCCUGGAGCCAGUCCCUCGCACGGACGAGGGCGACAUGCUCGAAGUCGGGGCGGCGGUGGCGGAGCUGGUGCGGGCGCUGGAGGUGCUGGGCGUCAAAUAGGGCAACCCCAUGGUCUCGCCAAUUGUGUAGGGUACAAUUGAUAUUGUUUUGACACCAUGGACAUUUGUUUCUCAUGUAGUCGUGCAUCUAUUACAAGGCCCAGUUUACGAUUUGGCCCAUGGCCGGUUGCGAAGCUAUCUUGGACGACUGGGGGAACUUUGACAGACAGUUUGAGUUUCUCAGGCAAAUAAAAGGCGCAGGGUGCGGACGUAAGGAUGAUGGCCACGAGAACAUAGAAAGCCACAGAGACGUAUCGCAUUAGCAUUGAUGCUGUAACUGACGGAUGCCAAUAUCAACACGCAUUUAGGCCAGUGAUUCUACUUCAGGAGAGCGUUGUUCUCAAUUAUGUCCUAUUAUAUCUACUUGGAUAUACCGUUG